UCCGAGUCUCUGACUUCAAUCAAUCCCACAUCGAUACCCCACCACCGCCGCCGCCAAAAUGACUGCCACAACCGACGACCCGCUCCUCGAGCUCCUCCUUCCACAUAUCCCCGCAUCCGCCGUACCAUCACCAGAAACAACCAACAGCUACCUCAGCCGCCUGACCUCCCUCCCACUAUCCACCAUUCUGACCACGGAACCGAGCUCCCUAGCCACAACGCACCACACGCUCUCCCUCUCGCUCCAAUCCCUCGCCAGCCGCAACCACAAAGCCAUCAUCACCUCCUCUAGCCACCUCAGCACACUCCCCGCCACACUGUCCACACUCUCCACCUCCCUCCAGCAUCUCGAAUCCGCGCUCCCCUCACUCACCACCUCCCUGCACACCUUCACCAGCACCUACACGCGCGACAGCCCCCCCCUGCACACACGGCACCAAAACGCGCUGCUGCACAGCAACCUCGACCGUCUCCUCGACAUCCUGCAGCUGCCGAGCCUCUUACAAUCCCUAAUCGCCGCGCAAAACUACCCCAGCGCGCUAGACACACUCUCGCACGUGCGCCGGCUGCAAACACUCUACCCGACCUCCCCCGUCGUGACCUCCGUGCACACCUCCUGCGAGGCCCUGCAGCGCUCCCUGACCUCAUCGCUGAUCGGCACGCUGCGCGCGCCGCUAAAGCUCCCCGUCGCGAUGAAAACCGUCGGCUUCCUGCGGCGCACGGUGGGCGCCGCAGACGAGCGCGACGUCCGCGGCGUGUUUUUGGCGUGCAGGCACGCGCAUCUCCUGGGCCUCCUCGCGGCGCUCGAGCCGCUGAGGGAGCUGGCGGAUGAGGAGGUGGCCGGGGGAGGGGUCCAGGCCGAGAGGUAUCUUAAACGCUGGCUCGAGGUGUUCAGGGAACAGAGUUUUGGCGUGCAGGGGAUGUAUAGGAGCAUCUUCCCGGGAUCGAUGAGUCCGGCGACGAGUGCCGGGGGGACCGCGACGCCGACACCGACUACGACGACGAGGCCGGGGCACUCAAGGACUAGUAGUUCCCUCAGUACUGCGCUGGCGGAUGACGAUGUUGAUGGUGGGGGCAUGCCGGAUCCCGUCGCGGCGUAUGAGGCGAGGCUGGUCGAGAUGUUGGUAGACGUGCUCAGGAGGUACCUGGGCAAGGUCCUGGAUAAGGGCGUCAGGGAGAGCUUGCUGACGCAGGUGAUGUAUGCGAGUGGGAGUUUGGGACGGUUGGGGGGCGAGUUUGCCGGCGUGCUGGUGGGCAUCGAGGGCGUGUUUGAGGGCGAGGGAGAGGAUGGCGCGGAGGUCGAGUAUGUCGCUGUUGUCGAGAGGCAGAAGGUCCUCGCUGGGAGGUUGGAGGCGACGAUGGCUACGGGGAGGUGAUCAUGACAAGAUGUGCGGAAAUGGAGAUGAUCGGAUGCAUAGAACGGUAGAUGUGCUACUAGGUGAUAUUACAAUGUCGCAAACAGCAAACAAACAGUCUUCCUUCCAUAUGCCACCCACCCACGAAAUACAAACGA